UAGUUAGCUUUACACAUAAUAUAGAGUUAUUUUAGAGUAAUCUUUAAGUGGGUAGCUUUCACUAGCCAUGAUUACGGACCCCUAAAAGCACUGCAACACUUCAGAAAUCCUGCGAUUUCUCAAAACAAAAACCAUGUAGAAAAGCCAUUUUCCUCACUACCUUUCACCGAAAAGCGCAAGCACACCUACAUUCCCUUGACUUUAGCCCAAGCAAAUAAUAAACACUCAAUUAAAGUACACAUCAAGACCCUUUAAUCCUGCAUGGUUUCAUGUGGCUUUCACCUCACUCCAGCUUUCUCUCCUUCUCUCUCUUUUUUUUUCAGAGAUAAAGCAGCAGAAGAAUAAAUCAAUGUUUUGGUCUGUACCUGACAUGAGAUCGGUUGUUGAGAACAGUUUAAUUUUCUUGGAACAGAGAAGCUACAUUGUUGGUGGGAUUGAUGGGGAUGGUGCAGGUCCUUUAGUGUAAGAGUACUAAGGCUGAACUUGCUGAAUUGGCUGAAUCUUUGUCAGUGUUUUUGAGAAGAUGGGUGUUGUUACUGUUGGAGAAUUGAAGCCUAGCAUCUCAGGAAAGAGGUCAUUUCGUCCAAGUUCUAGCACAAGGCAUGCCACUGAAUGGCCAAUAUCUGAUGUUUCUAGUGAUCUUACUAUUGAAGUGGGAGCAUCAAGUUUUGCACUUCACAAGUUUCCUCUAGUUUCUCGGAGUGGAAGAAUUAGGAAACUACUGCUGGAAGCAAAAGAUUCAAAGGUUUCAAGAAUAGCCAUCCCCAGUGUUCCUGGUGGACCAGAGGCAUUUGAGCUAGCUGCAAAGUUCUGUUAUGGAGUGAACAUUGAGAUCACAUUAUCAAAUGUUGCCAUGCUUCGCUGUGUAGCCCAUUUUCUGGAAAUGACAGAGGAGUUUGCAGAGAAGAAUUUGGAAACCCGAACCGAAGGAUAUCUUAAGGAAACGGUGUUUCCAAACAUAUCAAGCUCCAUAUCUGUUCUUCACCAAUGUGAAACCCUUCUGCCCAUUCCAGAAGAGGUCAAUCUUGUUAGCAGGAUCAUCACUGCAAUUGCAAAUAAUGCAUGUAAAGAGCAGCUCACCUCUGGCCUAUCUAAACUUGACCACAACUUCCCUUCAAAGCCUAUCCCAACCGUGGAGCCGGAAACACCCUCAGACUGGUGGGGUAAAUCCCUUACAGUGCUUAAUCUUGAUUUCUUUCAGCGUGUCCUAUCUGCUGUGAAAUCAAAGGGUUUGAAACAGGACCUGAUCAGCAAGAUUUUGAUAAACUAUGCUCAUAAUUCUCUUCAGGGUCUUGCUGUCAGGGACCCCCAAUUGGUUAAGGGAAGUUUCUUGGACUUGGAACUGCAGAAGAAGCAAAGGGUUAUUGUUGAAGCCAUAGUCAGUUUACUACCAACCCAAUCCAGGAAGAGCUCAGUUCCAAUGGCAUUUCUUUCAAGUUUGUUGAAGACUGCAAUAUCAGCCUCUGCAUCUACUGCUUGCAGAUCAGAUUUAGAGAGGCGGAUAGGCCUGCAGCUGGACCAGGCAAUUCUUGAAGACAUCCUCAUUCCUGCAAACUCACAUGGAAACAACCACGGCCCAAUCUAUGAUACAGAUUCAAUCUUGAGGAUCUUCUCCAUUUUCUUGAACUUGGAUGAGGAUGACGAUGAAGAUAAUCACCUGAGGGAUGAAAGUGAAAUGGUUUAUGAUUUUGACAGCCCUGGAUCUCCCAAACAGAGUUCGAUUAUUAAGGUAUCAAAACUACUGGACAACUAUCUUGCAGAAGUUGCUCUAGAUUCCAACCUGACUCCAUCAAAAUUCAUAGCACUAUCAGAACUACUUCCAGACCAUGCUCGAAUAGUGAACGAUGGAUUGUACAGAGCUGCGGAUAUCUUCCUCAAGGUUCACCCAAAUAUCAAAGAUUCUGAACGCUACCGCCUUUGCAAAACCAUUGACAGCCAGAAACUAUCUCAAGAGGCCUGCAGCCAUGCAGCUCAGAAUGAAAGGCUACCUGUCCAGAUGGCAGUGCAGGUUCUGUACUUUGAGCAAAUCAGGCUUCGCAAUGCGAUGAACGGCGGCCAUAACCAGUUCUUCUUUGGCUCAGUCAAUGGCCAGUUCCCUCAACGGUCAAGCAGCGGAGCAGGGAGCGGCGCCAUCUCCCCAAGAGACAACUAUGCAUCAGUGAGGAGAGAGAACAGAGAGCUGAAGCUUGAAGUUGCAAGAAUGAGGAUGAGGCUAACCGACUUAGAAAAAGACCAUGUCUCUAUGAAACAAGAGCUUGUAAGAUCACAUCCUGCCAAUAAGAUAUUCAAAUCAUUCACCAAAAAGUUAUGCAAGCUGAAUACCUUAUUCAGGAUCAGAGACAUUAAGCCCAUAGGUGGCAAGGCUAAUUCAGAAACUCGGUUUUUAUUCCCAAAGAGAAGGCGUCACUCUGUAUCAUGAUUCAUGAUUCAUGACCAUGUAUGUGUUGAUAAGUAAAAAAGAGUGUAAAGCAUAGCUAGUGUGAUGGUGUCUAAUGCCAGAUUGAUAGUUUUGAGAGUUGAUUGUGUUGCUGUGUGCUGAGUGACAACACUCCCUUUCACUUUUUAUGGAGAGACUUGAAGGCAGGCACUCAAUCAGAGUUGUAUUCUAAAGGUGUGUGUGAAGUAUGUGAGAAAUUUUUAGAACUUUGAAGUAGAUACACACAGCCAUUCAAGCAUAAUAUUUUUCAGCUGAUUUUUAGUCA